AUGUCGUACAGUGUGAGCCAUGGGGAUCCCAACCAGCUGGCCCAGCGCAUCACUUCCAACAUCCAGAAGAUCACUCAGUGCUCUGCUGAAAUACAAAGAAUCCUGCAUCAGCUGGGAACACCACAGGACACUCCUGAGUUGAGGCAACAGCUGCAGCAGAAGCAGCAGUACACCAACCAGCUUGCCAAAGAAACUGACAAAUAUGUCAAAGAGUUUGGAUCUCUGCCUGCAAUCAGUGAACAGCGCCAAAGGAAGAUCCAGAAGGACCGCCUGGUGGGGGAGUUCACCUCAGCACUGACCAACUUCCAAAGGCUCCAAAGACAAGCUGCUGAGAAAGAAAAAGACUUUGUGGCCAGAGUGAGAGCCAGCUCCAGGGUGUCUGGUGGUGCUCCUGAGGACAGCAGCAAAGCAGGAACACUUGUCUCCUGGGACAGUCAGGCCCAAGCACAAGUGCAAGAUGAAGAAAUCACAGAGGAUGACCUGAGGCUUAUCGAGGAGCGGGAGUCUUCCAUUAGGCAGCUGGAGGCAGAUAUCAUGGACAUCAAUGAAAUCUUCAAAGAUCUGGGAAUGAUGAUUCACGAGCAGGGUGAUGUCAUAGACAGCAUAGAAGCCAACGUGGAACACGCAGAAGUGCACGUACAGCAAGCAAACCAACAGCUCUCCAGAGCAGCAAACUACCAGCAAAAGUCCCGCAAGAAGAUGUGCAUCCUGCUGGCCAUCCUGGGCGUAGGAGUGCUGCUGCUGGCCCUGAUCAUCUGGUUAACUACACGUUAAGUGUCUGCAGGAAGUGGUGGAUUGGUCAUUCAGUGAUGAAAGGAAAUGCCCAGUUUGGUGAAUGUGGAGCUGAG